AUGCCAUCGUUGACCGACGCCGAGAGAGCCGCUUUCGAGGCCAUCGAGCUUGGCGAUUACGUCGGCGUCGCCCGGUUCUUGGCUACAAGCAACGUCCAUGUUGCCGACCCCGACAAGAAGUCGAGCCAGUAUACGUAUACGCUCGUGCAUGCGGCGCUCCACGCAGUCGCUGCCGGCUGUCGCGCGAUUGAGGCGAGAACAGAACUCAGCCAAGCCACAUUGGCACUCGAGAUCCGCGCGCUGCACGAUCAGCAGCGCGGGAUCUUGGAGCUCCUUUUGCGCUUUGGCUUUGACGUCACCCAAGCGUGCAAUCAGGACCUUCUGUCGCUGCCAACCGUCGCGAUGCGGCUCGUGGGACCGCCGUACACGGUCGCAUUUCUGCAAGUUCUCUUGAAUCCCAACCUGACAAAGAGCGGCAUCACGCCACACAUGUGGGACCUCGUGCCGGCGCAACCGUGCGUCUUUGAGGCCGUCCAGCGCGACAACGUGGCGGCCCUGGAAUUCUUCAUGGCGCAAGGCGUUGACCCGACGACGACAAACAAGAUGGGCGAAUGUCUCCUGUUCAAAGCCGUGCAGCGGCGCAGCAUGGCCACGGUCGAGCUGCUCUUGCACCAAAGCCGCAUCAACGUCAACCAGACCACCACCAUGGGCGACGAGUCGCCGCUAUUGGCCGCUGUGCGACUGCGCGCCCUCGACAUCGUCGAACUUUUGCUUGGAAAUGGCGCCGACAAGGAGCUACCUGACAGAAACAAGAACACGCCGCUCAUGAUUGCACUCCGGCGUGACUACACCGACAUUGCGAUGGCGCUCGAGACUCGCAGCAUCUUGGACGUGCACUACGACGAUAGUUUUGGUGCUGGUGUCUCUGGCGAAGUGUACCGGGGCACGUUCAACGGUCGGAACGUGGCUGUCAAGGAGUUUAGCAAUGUCAGCGACCCGUCGAUUUGGACGGAAAUCCGACUACUCUCAAGCCUUCGCUCCGACCAUAUUGUGGAGCUUCGACACGUCGACAUCAACCCGAACGAUCAGCGCGUCGCGUUGGUUCUAGAGUCCAUGUCCAUGAACUUGCGCCAGCGCUUGGAACUGGAGAGCAUGCUCUUUCUUGCGCAAAAGGUCCGCAUCGCUCUGGAUGUCGCCAAAGGCGUAUCCUUCCUGCACUCUCAGAAGGUUGUCUACUGCGACCUCAAGCCUGACAAUGUUCUCCUCGAUGAAGAAGACCGCGUCAAGCUCGCCGACUUUGGCAUCAGUGAGCACGAAGUGCCCGAUCGGGAAUCCCAAAUGAAAGGCACCGUACAGUACAUGGCCCCCGAGCUCACGGGCCUCCCAGCAUCCGUACCGUCCUACGCCUCGGACGUCUAUGCGUUUGGCAUCCUCCUCACGGAGCUCGAUGCCAACACGGGCGAGGUCCCGUACGUAAACGUUGGUUACGAAAGCCCCUAUGCGCUAUGGAAUCAAGUCCGAUCCGGUCUGCGUCCCGCGCUUCGGGACGAUUGUCCUCUGUGGUUUCGCGAGCUGGCGGUCCAGUGCAUGGCGGAGGCUCCGAGCGACCGCCCCACGGUACCAGAGAUCAUCAACACUUUAGAGGAGAACUUUCAUGGCAUUUAG